UUUGCCUAGUCACUUUUGUUUCAACGUGGGUGUGACUUCUGAUCUUGUUCCCCUCCCUGUUAUGUCACUCCUUCAGUAACUUUGAAUUGGAAUAAAAACUGCAGCAAACUUCAGAGGCUGGCUUUUUGAGCAAACUUAACAAGACCUGAGACCUCCCCAACCCCCCUUGCUCCUCCUUUGUAUAGGCUGGGAGAAGAACUCCUUGCCUUUUGCACAUUAACUCGAGGAGGAAACAAUGGCCAAGUUCUGGUUGUGUGCAGCUGUUGGAUUUUACUUGUUGCAGCUUUGUUCAGCUCAGAUAGGUUUGAAUAUAAGCUGCAGAUAUGGAGGAGUUUUCCAUGUUGAGAAAAAUCAUCGCUACAGCCUCACAAGAGAAGAUGCCAUCGCGCUUUGCAAAGCCCUCAACAGCACCAUCCCAACAUGGGAGCAAAUGAAGAAUGCUUUCAGCCUUGGGUUUGAAACCUGCAGAUAUGGUUAUAUAGAAGACAAAGUUGUAGUUCCCCGACAUACUCCUUAUCAUCUUUGUGCGGCUAAUAACACUGGGAUUUAUGUGCUUUCUUCUAACAUGUCUGACCGAUAUGAUACAUAUUGCUUCAAUUCAUCAGAAACAAGAAAUAAAACUUGUGAGCCAGUGAUAAAGUUAUAUUCUGCUUGGCCAAAUAAUGAAAGUACAAUAGAAAUUUUCAAUGCUGAUGGAUCACGCUAUAUUGAAGGAGAGAAAUUCACAGAACGUCCACCAGUUACUGAUGAUGAAAUUAGUGCAGGCAGCGGUUCUGCAACUGAUAGACCAACAACAGAUUCCAAUUUCAUCAGACAUGGUAUUUCCCAGUAUCCUCAUACUGCAGAUGUUGUUACUUCAAUGAGAGGAGAUCAUUCACUUGACCAGCACCUCCAACAUACUACUUUUGCUGAUGUGGUGGGUAUUCUAAUUUUCCCAGUAAACCUCCUUAGGACGAAUGUUCAAAUGCAAGUCUUUAUCAUCUAUCACUUAACUGUGAUAGAAAUUGGAUUCUAUGAAAAGCAAGAAGAUUCAGCCAAGGGCACACCUGAACUUGAAGAGGAUAAAUAUAGUAGCAAGAUUCAUCCUUCACCUAGUAUCAGUAAGCAUAAUCAUUUUAGUGUGCUACAAAUUAAUGGAGCUAGUAGCAUAGCAUAUAUUCAACAUAUUAGUUGUUCUGGCAUCAUUACAGCUGAUGAAGUAUCCAACAGUGGAAAGCAUCAUGAAAACUCUACUGAAAGCCAACAGGUUCCUGGAGAGUUCCCUCUGUGGUGGCCAUCUGAAGAACAUGAAAGAAGGCAGAACACAACCUCUGGCAAGGAUGAGAGUUCUGAAGAAAAUGAUGAUGAUGGUGGAGGUGACGAUGGUGAUGAUAAUGAAGAAGGGUCUGGCCAUAUAAAUCCUGAAACAGUUAUUGAGUGGGACAACAGUGGUGAUCAGGAACUCCAGACAUCAAAUACCACUGUGAUCUCCAGCAAGGAUGUCAAACAUGAAGACUCAACCCAUGAUCCAUUGCUAAAUAGUGUACAUUCUGGAAGGUACAGUGAAGUGAAUGGCACACGAGAGGACGUGCCACAUGGAAUUGCACAUCUGGGUGAUGCUGGACAUUUCUCCACAGCUACUGCUGUAUCCUCCAGCAAUGAUUUCUUCAAGCAGGAAGACUCAAAUGAGCAUUCACUAGAUGGCAGUCAAUCUGGACUGGAAACACAAGAUACAGUACCUACACCAACUGUCUCUUCAGAUAUAUUGCAUCCCGGACUUGUUCCCUCAAGUGAAAAAGAAAGUACUCUGGAAAAUGAAUCUUUUCAUCAUACAGUUACAUUCUUCAAUGAAAGUGCUGAACAUGAAGGAUCACAUCAAGACCAGUUGCAACCUGUGGGUAAACCUGGACGGAAAAGUGAAAUGAGUCAUGCUGCAAAUAGAACAAUCCUUGGUGUCCUAAAAAUACUUAUCCCUCCAAGUGAGCAUGAUGAUGAAGGUACGUCUUCUCAGACAGCAGAUGUGGCUUCUAACAAUGGGAUAAAACAUGGAGAAUCUACAGAAAACCCACUAUCAUAUGAUGUGCAUUCUGAAUGGACUGCUGAAGACCCCACAGACACAUCCAAUAAAACUAUGCUACCUGGAAGUUUGCAGCCUCCAAGUGAAACUGAGCAUAAUAAUGAAUCAGUUCAUACAGUUGUGGAUGCCAUUGAUGAUAUUAACCAUGAAGAUUCUUCAAACAAUACUUUGAUUCAUGAAAUCCAUCCCAGCUGGAGCCAUGAAGACAAGUAUCCUGGAAACACGUCGAGAGAUGAUGUAUUCCUUGACAUCAUUUCUCCAAAUGAAAAGAAGCAUGAAGAAGAUUCAGAAAACAAUCAUACAGCUGUACUUCCCAGUGGUGAUAUUCACCAUGAAGCCUCUACCCAUGAAACAGUUUUGCACAAAGAACAUUCUGAAUGGGAUAAUGAAGAAAAAUAUCUCACCAACACAUCUGGAAAUCAUUUGUGGUCUAGUAUUGUUCAUCCAACUGAAAGUGAGCAAGAAAAGGAACCAUCACUUACAGUUACUGGUUCCAGUGAUGAUUUAAAACCUGAAGACUCUACUCAUAAUCUGGUGAUGCAUGGUCUGCAUCCUGAAAUAGGCAGAGAAGACAAAUAUCCAUCAAAUAGCACAGAGCAUGAAGUAUCUCUAGACAUUGUUUUUCCAACUGGACACAAUGAGGAGACAAUCUUUCAUACAGUUGCCAUUCACAACAAUCUUGAAGACUCAACACAACCUCCUAGUCAUCAGCCAGGCUGGGAGACUGAAGAAAAAUAUCCCACGAAUACUUCUAGAGAUGAUGUUCUGGUGGGAAUUGAUACAGAUAGUGAAAAUGAACAUCAUCAAUUAUAUACAGAUGUGGUCUACGAUGGGAGCAAAGAAGAUACAACCCCAGAAUCAGUGAGGCAAUGGGUUAGUGACAACAAAUACACUACAAAAUCCUCAGUGGAUGUCAUAAUUCCUGGAAUUGUUCCUCGAAGAGGGAUAAAUCAAAAAAAUAGAACUGAUCACACAGCUGUGCUUGCCACUGAUGGGUCCAAAAAUGAAGAACCAACACAGGAGUCAUCGUUGCAUGAAGUGAAUCCUGGACAGAGCAAUGAAGGGGAACAUCUUCUAAAUAACACUCAGGAAUAUAUGAUACCUCGAGUUUUUUCUGAAGUUGACAGUGGUUCUGACAGACAACCAUCAUCUUCUGACAGUUCCAGUCCAGGUGGAUAUGGAAGAGGAGUGUCCCAUACAGGAAAUGUCACACAGGCACCCAAAAAUCAGAAACGAAUAGCUCACAUACCAGAUUGGCUUAUUGUAGUUGCUUCUCUCUUGGCACUGGCAUUGAUACUUGGUGUUUGCAUUGCUGUGAACAGUCGAAGAAGAUGUGGGCAGAAGAAGAAGCUUAUGAUCAACAAUGGCAAAGGAGGCAUUGAUGAGAAAAACAUGGGUGGAUUGAAUGGAGAAGCCAGUAAAUCUCAUGAAAUGGUAAACUUGGUACAGAAAGAGAAGCCAGAGGACCAAACAGGCCCACACGAUGAGUUCCUGGCAAUUGAUGAAACACAGAACCAACAAGAGGUGGCCUUGAAGAGUGGUGUGUAAAGAAGCUAUGCCCACCCAACUGAGUCAGAGUUGGGGAAACAAAAGAAAGGAGAAGAAAUUGCAUGGAACUGGGACUAGAACUCACAAAUGCAAUGAGCUACUGAUGUCUCUAAAGCAUAAUUAAGCAUAUUCUUCUUUUUCUGUUGUUGUUUUUAAUGAUCAUGUACAAGAUGCAAAAUGUCAUUCCCACCCUCUGCCCAACAUUGUAUAAUUUUUCCCAGUCCAGAUUAGUGACUAUAGUGUUGCCAGCAUCAUCUGUCUCCCAAUUUCCGUCUUUUAUCUCAUCAGGCAAAAUGCCAAUGCUGUUGUGUUCCCUGACCCUCUCUUGCACCACUUUCCCUAAUUCUCUCUCUGUGGAGCCAUCCAGAUUUAUAGUCAUUAAGGUAUCAAGACAUCAAGUAUGAGCCAACAACUUCAGAAAGGCAAGCUGCCUAGACAGCCACCAUUAAUCAGAAUAGAGACUUUGCAACAGGAUCCCAUGUUUAUCACUUGUCAGACUUCUCACUCAGUUUUUGAUAAGUUGCAGUUAUGUUCUGCAGUGAUUGAAUAGAGAAAGAGACUUCUAUCCAAACAUUCCACAAUGUUCAGUAACAUUUCUUUUUAAAAAGAGAAAUAGAAAGGAUGGAAAGACAAGAAAGAAUAAAACUGAUUUUAUAGCAAAUAAAAUUUUAUUCUCUACAAUCUAAAUUAUCUGUGAUGUUUAUCUUUAUGCUUUAAAUGUAAUUGCUUCCACUGCUUGGUUUAUAGCUGGAGUACUGUUUUUGUUAUACUGUAUUAUUAAAUUCAGAGAUAU